GGCACCAGCGCGUAUCUGAAGGAACAUACGACGUUUGAUGUUGAAGACGUUCAUAUCUUAAGUGGCGGUUAUCGCAACUUUGUAUGGCGCGUGAAGCUCAACACUCCGUACCAAGGACACACGAGUCUUAUACUUAAGCAUGCGGAAGGCUACGCUGCUAGUGACAAGAACACGGAGGUUGACGUUGAACGGCAGACGUUCGAGUAUCAAGCUCUCAAGGUGGUUGCAGAAAGUGGACUACUGGAUGGAGAUGGUCUCGUCACUGUCCCUACUGUCUUCCAUUAUGAUGCCAACUAUCAUGUUUUACUAAUGGACGACGCCGGCAAGAUCCCUACACUUCAGGAUUACCUAUCUUCCCAACCUCCUCCUCCUGUCGACAUCGCCAAUACCAUCGCCAUUAGAUUGGCAGAGUUUAUCGCUAGUCUCCACCAUUGGGGUCGUGACAAUGAUGUCGCACGUCUCAGAUUAUCGAAAAAUAUUCCAGCUAGAAAGGCAUACAGCAGUGUGGAGUAUGGAAGCAUAAUCCCUUUAGCAGCGGAGUAUGGUGUCACCGACCCAUUACUACAGACGGUGGUGAAUAUGUUGACGGAGGAAGCACUGACCAGCGAAGAAACGCUUAUCAUGGGAGACUUUUGGCUUGGCAAUAUAUUGGUCGACAUCCAGGACAAUACUGACGGGAGUAAAGUUUUGAAAAGGGUGUGGGUCAUCGACUGGGACAUGUGCAGAUAUGGUUCACCUGCGUCAGACAUUGUUACAGUUGCUGGGGACUGUUUCUUGAUUUCUCGAUUCAAAAAUCCAUCUAUCGGCGAUGUUUUCCGACGGACCUACCUCAAGACAUACGCUAGCUUGGCGAAAGUAGACCUAUCUAGGGUCGUGCUGGGGAUGGGUGCCCAUUGGAUUAUGUUCACGAAGAUAUUGGGGUGGUCAAGCGAGGCUGAGACUCGGGAAUGUAUCGAGCAAGGGGUUGAAUAUGUCCAUAGGGGCUGGGAAAAGUCCAUGGAUUGGAUUAGUACCAGCUUGGCGAAGGAGCUCAUGUUUGGAUGACUUUUUGGAGACUCUGUUGGUCUUUGUACAGCAGCUAUCAUGAUAAUCCCUCCAACAAUCAUCAGACAUGGGUCGCCUGGCUUAGAUGCAGAGUCCGCCAUUAAACGCUGAAAAGACAGGAAUUGUUAGUCAGCACUGCUCAUAUGAUCCUACUGUCGCCGCUCUGCACCCGUAAUAGACCUGAAAUGAGGACAUAUUCCUAGGUAUGUGGCUGACAGAAACACGGAUAUGACGUCGGAGCAAAAACACGCAUUGGAGCCGAUGGAAAACAUAUGUAAAGCCCCAAGUUUCAGCCUUCCUAGCUCGUCAAUACUAUGGCCUUGAAUGCACCAGGGAUUGUCUUCUUAGGCCGUAUCUUCUUUGUCGUCGCUGGCCUCUGCUUUGGUGUAGCAUUGUUGGUUCACAUCGCCUCAGACUUUGGUGUCACCAUUCCAACCUGGCUGUUGGUAUCUGGUCUAGGCAUCGGCUUGCCAGUUGGUCUCAUUCUACAUGUUCAGCUUUCCCAGUUUCUCCUCCGCCGUAAAGUGGCUUCCAUGGGUGCUCGCACGGUCCCCUGCAUGCAGGGGGAGUACAUCGGCAACAUCGAUCUUAUGUUGAAACUGCUUGAAUUUUUCAGAACCGGAUAUCCAGGUGAUGGAAUCGCUGAGACAGCUGCUAACCUUGGGCCAACUUUCAACUUCCGAGUGAUGUUUGAGGAUAAUAUGUUCACAAUCGAGCCCAAUCAUAUCAAAGCCAUACUGGCUAGCGAUUUUGAAAACUACGUAAAAGGCGAGAAGUUCAGAUCCACGAUGCUGAGAGUCCUCGGAACUGGUGUCUUUAACUCGGAUGGCGAUAUGUGGAAGUUCCAUCGCUCUAUGACCCGGCCGUUCUUCAGUCACGACAGGAUCAGUCACUUCAACAUAUUUGACCGGCAUGGUGAAGAUGCAAUUAAACAAAUGAAGUUGCGCCUGCGCGCCGGAUACCCAGUCGACUUUCAGGAUGUCAUUUCCCGUUUUACACUUGAUUCUGCUACAGAGUUCCUAUUUGGAAGCUGCGUGCACAGCCUUUCUGCCGGGCUUCCCUAUCCUUAUAACGUCACGUCUUCCGAGGCACCUAGUGGCAAGGCGAAGACAGCGGAGGACUUUGCUCAAGCAUUUGGGCAGGCGCAGUAUAUCAUCUCACAACGCCCUCGUAAAGGAUGGGUCUGGCCCCUGUUUGAGUUCUUCAAAGAUAAAACUGAAGAGCCUAUGAACAUUGUCAACGCUUAUAUCGAACCGAUACUGAAGGAGGCUAUUGAAAAGCGCAAGGCGGCUUCAUUGUCCGGUGAGAAGACUGAAGAGUUGUCUGAUGAUGACACUUUGCUUGAUCAUUUAGUCCGUUUGACAACUGACCCCGUAGUCCUCAGGGACGAGAUUUUAAAUAUCAUGAUUGCUGGCCGAGAUACCACUGCGUCCACUCUCACUUUCGUCAUCUACCUUCUUUCUACGCACCCGCACGUCUUCAAACGUCUUCAAGAGGAAGUCAUAACGAAAAUUGGUCCGACUGACCGACCUACCUAUGACAAUAUCCGCGAGAUGAAGUACCUCCGCGCAGUUAUCAAUGAGACGCUGAGACUUUUUCCUGCUGUUCCUUUCAACGUUCGUGAAAGUGUCAAUUCCACUAUCUGGCCUUCCACAGAUCCCACUCAGAGACCACUAUAUAUUCCUGGAAAGACAAGUGUAUCCUAUUCUGUCUUCCUGAUGCACCGCAGGAAAGACCUAUGGGGAUCAGAUGCUGAGGAGUUUGAUCCCGACCGCUUCCUCGAUGAGAGGUUACACAAAUACUUGACUCACAGACCGUUUAUCUUCCUCCCCUUCAAUGCGGGACCUCGUAUUUGCCUUGGACAACAGUUCGCAUACAAUGAGAUGUCGUUCAUGCUCAUCCGCCUACUACAGAACUUCUCUUCAAUGGAGCUCGCCCCUGAGGCACAAUCUCCCGAGACCCGCCCACCAGUAGCCUGGGCCCAAAGCGAAGGCCGCAAAGCGACUGAGAAGUUCUACCCCAAGAUGCAUCUUACGAUGUAUGCUCAUGGUGGGCUGUGGGUAAGAAUGGCUGAGGUGGAAAGCGACCUCAUUUGAUUGGAUUGAUCAAAUCACCAAGUUAUCAACUAAUGUACGAUGCUUGCUGUAAACAGUGUACAGUAUCGAAAUGUAAUUUUAGCUCCGUUUGUUGGAUAAUUUCCACCGUUACA